AUUUAGAUCACUUUAAUCAUAUGAUGCAUAAUACUAAAGUUAUACUUACUUAUAGUAAUAUAUUAUGGUUGGUCCACGGAGUCGCGUAAUCAUACAACGUAUGCAUUAUAUACAAGUCGAAAAAUACAUGUCAUUAAAGAAGACAAAUCUAACUCGCUCUCUUCUAAUUGGCACGUGAAACAUACGCUCCUCCAUAAUAGGCCACGCGCUCACCGUAACGCGCCUCCAUUGGGUUUCUCGUUAUUUUAUCGUAUUUUCAUGUAGGCGAAUAAAAUAGUAGUAUUAGAGAGAAUAACGAGAAUAGUAUAGUAAUAAAUAACAUUUAUGACUUUAUGUAACGGCCAAAAAAUUUGUCAUAGAAAUUUAAUAAUGUGAUACAGUAUGACAAUUGACAAAAAAGAAGCUCAGUUUUAUUUAACUAUUUUUCUUCUUCACUCUUCUACGUAUAAUCCUCUCUUUUCUUGCAACUUUUGCUCGGAAUUCUAUGAUUUGCUGAUCAAUAUUUUUUUUUUCUCUGCAAAAGUAAUGAGAAGCUUUUUCUAUGUUGAGCUUCAGAUCUAAAAAACCUGUUUCUGCGAGACUCAAGAUUCUCUUACCUUUGGAGUAAGUAAAGUGAGAGAAGCAAAAUUCGGUGAAAUGCUUGAGACUGGAAGCCCUACGAGUCUCUGUUUCCGUACAAACACUACUUGUAAUGCUCUACUUCGAGAGCUUCAGAAAAUAUGGGUUGAUAUUGGUGAGAGUGAUGCUGAGAAAGACCGGAUGCUAAUGGAAUUGGAGAAGGAAUGUCUCCAAAUCUACAGAAGAAAAGUCGAUGAGGCUGCAAAAUCCAAAGCACAGCUUCAUCAAGCAAUUGUGUCAACUGAAGCUGAAAUUGCUUCUUUGAUGGCUGCUCUUGGAGUCUUGAGCAUCCAUUCACCGAUGAAGUCAGACAAAGGUUCGAAAUCAUUGAAAGAAAAGCUUGCCGCUGUGACGCCUCUGCUUGAGGACUUGAGAUUGCAGAAGGAUGAAAGAGUGAAGCAGUUUGUGGAUACAAAGGCGCAAAUUGAGAAGAUGAGUGGUGAAAUCUCUGGAUACAGUGACCAACUCAACAAACCGAUGCUUGGUUCUUUGACUCUCGAUGAACAAGACUUGACCCUUCGGAAACUAAAUGAGUACCAGACACAUCUCCGCUCGCUACAGAAGGAGAAGUCGGAUCGUCUGAACAAGGUGUUGGAUUAUGUGAAUGAGGUGCACGCUUUAUGCAGUGUUCUUGGAGUUGACUUUGGUCAAACUGUUUGCGAAGUUCAUCCUAGCUUACAUAGGACUGACCACGAACAGUCUACAAACAUUAGCGAUAGCACACUGGAUGGUCUACAACACAUGAUUCAAAAGCUCAAAACCGAAAGGAAACUCCGCUUUCAAAAGUUAAAAGAUGUUGUGGGGUCACUUUUCGAGCUAUGGAAUCUAAUGGACACACCUCAAGAAGAAAGAGUUAAAUUUGCAAGAGUCAGUUAUGUUGUAAGAUUAUCUGAAUCUGAUAUCACUGAGCCAAGCAUCCUUUCUACUGAAACAAUUGAACAGGUGUCUGCAGAAGUAGACCAUUUCAAUAAGCUGAAAUCUAGCAGAAUGAAGGAGCUUGUGAUGAAAAGAAGGUCUGAGUUAGAGAAUAUUUGCAGAUUGGCUCACAUUGAGCCGGACACAAGCACAUCGCUAGAGAAAUCAACUGCUUUGAUUGAUUCUGGAAUAGUGGACCCUUCAGAGCUUCUUGCUAACAUCGAAACGCAGAUAAACAAAAUCAAAGACGAGGCACAGAGCCGGAAAGAAAUCAUCGAUAGAAUUGACCGCUGGCUAUCUGCUUGUGAAGAAGAAAACUGGCUAGAAGAAUACAAUCAGGAUGAGAACCGAUAUAGUACUGGAAGAGGUGGACAUGUAAACCUAAAGCACGCAGAGAGAGCUCGGGUUACAGUAAACAAGAUCCCAUCAAUGGUUGACAAUCUAAUAAAGAAAACGCUUUUAUGGGAGGAUGAAACACAGAAAUCAUUUCUAUAUGAUGGUGUUCGAUUGGUAUCCAUACUCGAAGAUUAUAAACUGACAAGGAAACAACAGGAAGAGGAAAAGAAACGAUACCGGGAUCAUAAGAAGAUGCAAGCUCUGUUAUUAAACCGGAGGGAAUCAAUUUAUGGGUCAAAACCGAGUCCGAGAAGAAGCAGCAGCGUGAAAAAGUCCAACCGGUACAAUGGGAAUGUAUCGGUGCCUCCUACGCCUCGCAGAAACUCAGCCGGAGCAACAAACGACGAGGUUAUGACCCCAAGAUCCUACUCAAGCCAUCAUCCCCAAAACGGAUAUUUCAAGGAAGGGAGGAGACUCUCAACAGCUCCUCUAAACUUUGUGGCUAUACCGAAGGAAGAUUCUGCCUCUACAUACACUUCGGUUUACGGCUCUGAACCGGAUUCACCUUUGCAAAACUGAGUCUUAUGUGCACCGGUUAAACUGUAUAGGGUCGAAGCAUAUGAACUCGAGAAUGUUAAUCAAAAGGAGGAGUUAGUGAUCCAGAUCAAGUUUAGUGUUGUUAUGUAUGUGUGUGACUUUGAGUUUUGACUUUUGUGACUGACUUUUAGGAUAAUAGAAGAGUAGACAAAUGAAUGUUAUGUUCUUCUUAUAGUAGCUUCAACAAGCUCGUCUUUCUCAUGUGUUCCUUUUUUCUGCUGGUGUGCUGUAAGAUUGUAGAAGAUACAAUUUGGUUUGGUUUGGUUUGGUUUGGUUUAUCCAAAAAACCUAAAAGUCUAAAAUAACCCUGACAAAAUUGAGCAAUUUACACCAAACUACCCCUCAAUAUUCUCAGACACAUAAAACCCCCUAAAAUCCUACAACUUCCGGUGGAUCCCCUCCGAGCUCGACAAAAAGGAAAGCUGACUCCUUGAACAGCAUUACCCGUGUGACCGAUUUCAAAGGGUUAGAUGAUUUGCUCAAAGAAAAAACCACGAGUCUCCUUGUUGCGGCAUCCGGAAGAGUUGGUUCUGAAUCGCCCUUUGGCUUGAAAGAUAAUGGUACUUCGGGUGUUGUUUAUGAUUGUAAGUGGGAAAGGGUUGUUGAGACCAAGUUGGGAGAUGGUGGUUUUAAUAGUCAUUCCAUUAACUUUUCGAUGCAACAAGACGAGUCUCCUUGGUAUCUGGAAAACUCUACGGGUCGGUUGAAUGUUGUGGGAGCUCGAGAUGCUGUAGGGUUUGAUGAUGCUCUGAAAUGCCGCGCUGGUGAUAUGUCUUCAAUAUGGGAAAUCUUUGAUAAAACCGACGAAGAAGGCACUAAGGUUCAUUGUUUUUUUUUUUUUUUUUUUUUGGUUUUUCUCUGUUUGUGCCCGCACCUUUUUCCUUGAUGUUUCUCUUUAGCUGCUCGUUGGGAUGGAUCUUGCUAUUGGUACCCCCUUGACUUUUGUUGGUGAGGCUGGUAGAGACAAAGCUGGUCAUCUCAUGAUUCAGAAACCAAAGGAACACUCUUUUAUGGUCUUCCGUGGAGAAGGCUCCUUUGAGUCUAUGGUUGAGAAGCUCAUGUCCAACUCUGAGUUUUACAUGUUCUACUCGAAAAUCUUCGGAGCGGUUGUUGUUGCUGGAGCUGUCCUUUACGGUAUUGGUUUCAUAAGAAGGUGGAAGAAAAGGAACUCAGAUGACAGAUGAGAGAAUGCUAACAAUCAGGCGGCGGAAGAAACAGAGAUGGGUCAAUAAUAUAAGGCUUAGAUUACCCUCUGGUAGAAGAAUCAGAUAACGAAUUGGUUUUGUUUUAAUUCUACUCCGUGAGUCUUAAACUUUUUGCUUUGACUGACAAAAAAAUGAUCCGAUUUUUAGUAUAUGAUAUGACUUUGGUUUGAAGUUGUUCCGGUUGUAUGGAAAAAUCUGGGUAAAUAAGUGUCGCAUAUAAUGGGCCUAAUGAGCUUUCUCCAACAAAACUGAUAACCCUUAGUGGC